AUGGCUGAAGGGAGUGAACAACCAAAUUUAGAACAACAAAUGACCACCAUGAUGAGGAUGUUGGAACAAAUGCGUCAAGAUGUGGACAGUCUAAUGGCACGACCACAGAAUCAACCUAUUGAGGUGAGUAAUGCACCAAGAAAUACUGAAGCUGCAGGUUGGGUGAACCAAGAGGAUUUGGGCAAUUUUAAGCUUGAAUUACCUAAAUUCAAUGGUGAAGGUGAUCUCGGAGAUUAUAUAGAAUGGGAAGAUGCUGUACAAAGUGUUUUUGAUUGUAAAAGAUAUAGUGAACUAACAAAAGUUAGACUAGCUAUCUCAUCUUUUAAAGGUUUUGCAGUUAUUUGGUGGAAACAACAGGAGCAAGAAAGGGAGUUCUCUCAUGAUGCACCAGUUGCUACGUGGGACAGGCUAAGGACAAUGCUUAGGCAUACGUUUCGACCUGCCACAUACUAUUUUGAGCUUGAGAAGCAACUACAUGGGAUCCAUCAAGGUAAUAAGACUGUUGAUGAAUAUUACAGGGAAAUCCAGACUUUGAAAACUCGAGCUAUGGUGCAUGAAAGUGAAGAUAGAGCGAUUGCUAGAUUCUUGCAAGGGCUCAAUCGUGACAUCUAUUGUGUAGUAAACAUGCAUCGUUACUACACCAUGGAUGAUGCCUUGUAUGCUGCUCGGCAAGCUGAGAAGACAAAUAAGGAGAUGAAGGCUUAUAGAUCUCCUGCUAGCAGUUCAAGGUGGACAACACAAAGGCCAAGUGCACCAUUGAGGCGUGAGGAUGUUCGACCAACCCGUGAACAGCCUAAGGAGGACAAUAGAGACAACGGAAAGACAAAGGUGAUUGAAGCCCCAAAACACGCUCGAGAUCGUGACCUUGUUUGUUGGAAAUGUCAAGGGCGUGGUCAUAUGGCUAGAGAUUGUCCUAAUAAGAGAAAUAUGAAAGUCUCCAAACAAAUGGAGGCUGUAGCAGCAACAAUCCAGUAUGAGUCUGAGGAGGAGAUUUUGAGCGCUAAGUCCAUUCCUGAGCAAGAAGAGAGCCAAAGAGAAAACAUAUUCUACGCAAAGGGAAGGAUUCAUGGGAUGCGUUGCAGUGUCAUUAUUGAUUCGGGGAGUUGCACGAAUGUGGCUAGCGCUGCUAUGGUAAGUCAUCUUAAAUUACCUCUUAUUGAUCACCCUCAUCCAUAUAAAUUGCAAUGGCUUACUGAUUCGGGGGAGAUAAAGGUGACUAAACAAGCACUGGUGCCUUUUUCUAUUGGUAAGUACAAUGAUGAGAUUCUAUGUGAUGUUGUACCAAUGCAAGCAACACAUGUGUUGUUUGGACGGCCAUGGCAAUAUGAUAGACAAAUCUACUUUGAUGGAGUUGCCAAUACAUACACUGUUACAUGCAAUGGUGCUAAGCAUACGCUUAGACCUUUGACCCCAAAGGAAGUAGAGGAAGAGCAACUGAGGUUGAAUAAAGCUCGCCAACCAGUCUUGAAGAAGGAGGAUACUAAAGGGAACAAAAUUUAUUCUUCCCUUUUGGAGAUAAAAACACCAUACAAAUCCAAGGAUGCAGCAAAUGGUGUGCUAAGGCAAUCUCUUCUUGCAAGCAAAAAGGAUAUUAAGCAAGCAAUAAGAAGGGGAGAUACUUUCUACUUACUUUUUUUUCAAAAAAAUGUUUUUGAUUAUGUUGAAAUUGAUAACUCUAUUAAUGACUUGCUUGCUGAAUUUGCAGAUGUUUUUCCCAAAGAGAUGCCUAAAGGAUUACCACCUAUUCGGGGAAUAGAGCAUCAAGUUGAUUUGGUUCCUGGUGCCACACUUCCAAAUCGUCCGGCUUAUAGGACAAACCCAGAGGAGGCCAAAGAGAUUCAACGACAAGUGGAAGAGCUUUUGGAGAUGGGACACAUUCGAGAAAGUUUGAGUCCAUGCGCUGUCCCAGUUCUCAUUGUUCCGAAGAAAGAUGGUACUUGGAGAAUGUGCGUUGAUUGUCGCGCAAUCAACAACAUUACGGUAAAGUAUAGAUUUCCUAUCCCAAGACUUGAUGAUAUGCUUGAUGAACUCUAUGGUGCUAAGCUCUUCAGCAAAGUAGACUUGAGGAGGGGAUACCAUCAAAUUCGAAUGAAGGAAGGAGAUGAAUGGAAAACUGCCUUCAAAACGAAACAUGGUUUGUAUGAGUGGUUGGUUAUGCCGUUUGGCCUCACCAAUGCCCCUAGCACAUUCAUGAGACUAAUGAACCAUAUUUUGAGGAGGUUUAUUGGUAUUUUUGUGGUAGUCUAUUUUGAUGAUAUUUUGAUUUAUAGUAAGUCUAAAGGUGAGCAUAUGGCACAUCUUCGACUAGUUUUUGAAGAACUACGAAAAGAGAAGUUAUAUGCUAAUCUUGAGAAGUGUUGUCUUUGUGCUGAACAUGUUGAAUUUCUUGGUUUUGUUGUGAGUUCUCAAGGCGUACAGGUUGACACACGAAAGGUGCAAGCCAUUCUUGAAUGGCCAAAUCCAACUAGUCUCGUGAAAAAGGAUGUCAAAUUCACUUGGGGUCCAAAACAAGGGCAUGCAUUCCAAACCUUAAAGGAGAAACUCACUACUACCCCGGUUUUAGCACUACCUUGUUUUGAUAAGACUUUUGAGUUAGAGUGUGAUGCCUCAAGUAUAGGCAUAGGUGCUGUUCUCAUGCAAGAGGGACGCCCCUUAGCUUAUUUCAGUGAAAAAUUGAGUGGUCCUAGCCUCAAUUAUCCCACAUAUGACAAGGAACUUUAUGCUAUCAUCCGUGCCAUGGAGACGUGGCAACAUUAUUUGUGGUUUAAAGACUUUGUCCUUCACACUGACCAUGAGGCCCUUAAACAUCUCAAGGGGCAAGGUAAGUUGAACAAGAGACACGCCAAGUGGCUUGAGUUCAUUGAGGGGUUUCCUUAUACGAUUAAGUACAAGCAAGGUGAAUCACAUGGGGGCGGACUUAUGGGGCAUUCCACUACAAACAUGUCUCCAUUUGAAGUAGCUUAUGGUUUUAAUCCCCUCACCCCUGUAGAUUUACUUGCUUUACCUAUUGAUUGUAGGGAAAGUUUGGAUGGAGCAACUCGUGCCAAAAAAAUCAAGGAGAUGCAUGAACGAGUUAAGGUUCAAAUUGAGCAAAGAAAUACAAAGGUGGCUGAACGUGUUAACAAGACAAGGAAGAAGAUCACGUUCCAACCUGGAGAUUGGGUUUGGAUCCACCUAAGGAAGGAGCGUUUUCCUCAGCAAAGGAAGUCCAAGUUGCAACCAAGAGGAGAUGGUCCCUUUGAAAUACUAGAGAAGAUUGGAGACAAUGCCUACAAAGUUGAUCUUCGUGGAAAGUACAACGUCUCCUCUACAUUCAAUGUUUCUGAUUUGGCCUUAUUUGAAGAUUCUGAUUCGAGGUCGAAUCUCUUUCAAGAAGGGGAGGAUGAUGCAAACCAGCCCACACAUGAUCCAUUAAGAGUCCCUAUUGGUCCUAUUACUAGGUCCAAGACUAAACUCUUAAGACAAUUAUACAUUGGGUUUGUGCAACAUUGGUGGAAGAUUCAUGAAUACCCAAUAAAGAGUCCAAGUGAUGAUGGUGGAUACUUAGAACAUUUUUCAUGCAUAAGAGCUGAUUUUGAAGAGCCCAUAAAUAGUCAUCAAUUCUAG